AUGGGUGUCAUUUGGAAACGUAUCAAUGAUCCAGGAAAAUAUUGGAGACAUGUAUACAAGUCAUUAUUGUUGAUUGAUUAUUUAGUUAGAAAUGGAUCGGCUCAAGUCAUUCGUGAUUGUCGUCAUCAUACUAUGGAGAUCAAGACAUUGGUCGAGUUCCAAUACAUAGAAGACGAAAAGGACGUUGGUCUGAGUGUAAGAGAACGUGCCAAGCAAGUGAUCGAGCUUUUACACGACGAUCAUAGAAUCAAGGACGAACGUGACAAGGCCAAGACCAAUGCAAACAAAUAUGUUGGAAUUGGAAAUGACAGCAGAGAUCCAAUGGGCUAUGGUUCUAGUGGAGGUGGUGGCUAUGGUGGCUACGGAUCUGGUGGUGGUGGCGGUGGCUACGACUCUGAAAACUAUGGUGGUGGCGGUGGUGGCCGUGACUCGUAUGGUGGUAGUGGUCGUGACUCGUAUGGUGGUAGCGGCCGUGACUCGUACGGUGGCAGCGGUGGUGGUGGUCGUGACUCGUACGGCGGUAGCGGCGGCGGAAGCAGAGACGGAAGAGACAUUUACGGACGUGAGAUCACCUCGUCUUCAUCACGCGAUUCGCCAUAUGGACGCGAGAACAACUCAACUACAACGUCAUCGUCCUAUGGAAGAGACUCUCCAUACGGCGGUGGUGGCAGCAGCAACAACAGAGAUUCAUACGACAGAGAUUCAUAUGGUGGUGGAGGUGGUGGAGGACGAUACGACAGUCCCGCCGACGACUAUAGCAGAGGUAGUUCAUACGACCCCUACAUUGAAAAGAAGACUUCAUCGAGCGGCGGAGCUGGCAGUAGAGGUAGAGGUAACAGUACCAGCAACAACAACAACAACACAAGCAGCAGCAACAAUAACAACUUUGACUUUGACGAUGAGGGAAGCACUCCACAAAAAUCGCGUCCACGUGCUGCCAGUGGCAGUGGAGGUAGUGCCCCAAGACAACAACAACAACAACAGCAACAACAACAACAACAACAUAGAGACAGUCCACAAUUAAUCGAUUUUUCAGAUCCAACCCCACAACCCAAACAAAUUGUAUUCGAUCCACUUGCUGACGGAGGAGGUGGUUUCCCACAACAACAACAACAACAACAACAACAAAACAACAAUCAAUUUGGACAAUUUAACCAAUCAUUCAACCAACUUUCCAUUCAAUCAAAUCCAGAUCCAUUCCCAAAUACUAAUCAAUUCGGCCAACAAUCACAACAAUAUGGAGGUCAAAACAACAACAACCAAUUUGGUGGUUUCCAACAACAACAAGGUGGAAAUAGAGAUCCAUUUGCAAAGGAUGAAUUUGGAGAUUUUAAUACAGUUUCAAACAAGGAUUUCAAUCCAUUUGAUCAACCAUCUGGUGAUUUUAACAAUCAAUUGGCUCCAAACAAUAAUGGUCCAAGCAAUCCAAACGAUCCAUGGGCCAAGAAGGAAUUGUUUGAUUUGUCCAAUCUUGGAAAGGGUGGUGCUCAACCAACUGGCGGCGCUAUUGGCAACAAUAACAUCAACAAUCAUGCAAACAAUUCAAAGACUAGAUCAAUGCCAGCUAGAUCCACAAACGGACCAAUCACUAGCGCAGGUAGCACCAUCACUAGACCACAACCCAUGAAUAUGGGAGGUGGCGGUAUGGGCGGACAACCAAUGAUGGGUGGUGGCGGUGGAAUGAACCAACAACCAAUGAUGGGAGGUGGCGGAAUGAACCAACAAAGACCAAUGGGUGGACAACCAAUGAUGGGUGGAGGCAUGAACCAACCAAUGAUGGGCGGCGGUAUGAACCAACCAAUGAUGGGUGGCGGAAUGAACCAACCAAUGAUGGGUGGUGGAAUGAACCAACCAAUGAUGGGUAAUGGUAUGGGCCAACCUAUGAUGAUGGGUGGUAUGGGUCAACCUAUGAUGAUGGGUCAACAACAAAGAUUCUAA